CCUCCUCUAUGUAAAUAAGGUGGGCGACCGCCCAUCUGCGGGCGGGCUGGCGCUGUCACGUGGCGCGGCGCUUCCUUUCUCUGUGCGCCUCUCUUUCCUUCCUCGGCCGCCAUCUUGUUCUCGCCGCGUGUUGGCAGCGGGGGCUCCGCCGCGCUCAGACGUAGCACUAUGAACCAAGAAAAACUGGCCAAGCUUCAAGCGCAGGUCCGAAUAGGAGGAAAGGGAACAGCUCGCAGAAAGAAGAAGGUGGUGCACAGAACAGCUACAGCUGAUGACAAAAAACUUCAGAGUUCCCUCAAAAAAUUGGCUGUAAAUAACAUUGCUGGCAUUGAAGAGGUGAACAUGAUAAAAGAUGAUGGAACAGUUAUUCACUUCAACAACCCCAAGGUUCAAGCUUCCCUCUCUGCCAACACUUUUGCAAUUACUGGUCAUGCAGAGGCUAAACCGAUCACAGAAAUGCUUCCAGGCAUCUUAAGCCAGCUUGGUGCUGACAGCUUAACAAGUCUCAGGAAGUUAGCUGAACAAUUCCCAAGACAAGUGUUGGAUAGUAAAGCACCAAAAUCUGAAGAUAUUGAUGAAGAAGAUGAUGAUGUCCCAGAUCUCGUAGAAAAUUUUGAUGAAGCAUCAAAGAAUGAAGCUAACUAAAACAUUAAUAGUUCUGGAAGCUGGCAUGGACUAGAUUUAAGAAAUCAGCUAUGUGGUUCCAAAGUUUUAAAGAAACAGAGAACAUCAUCUGUUAAUAGUUCAGUAAUAUAAAUAUUUUGUAUUUUUAUGAUGCUGUUUGUUCAGCAUUUUCUGUCAGUUGAUUUUGCAUUUUGCACUUACUCCCAGGAUCUACUCUUUUGGUCAAAAAGAAAUGUCUGUGCAGUUUGAGGGGUGUGUGUAUGUGUGUGGGUGUACGUAUAGUGGAGAACAAAUUGGAGGACACAUAUUUAACCAUUUACCCUUUUCCUUUGGAAGUAGAAAUAAAAUAAAUCUUCAGCAUCAUUACUUUGAUUAUCACCAAAUAGUGCACAGAGGGAGUUAAGAUUAACGUUUUGUCCACAUUUUGUGACUGAAGGCAUUACACCAUUAAAACUUGGGGUUAAUUUGCUGUAACUAUUGUACUUGCAGGUGUGUUUCUCAAUGUACACAUAUUUGUUAUCAACCUUGUGUUGAUCCCAGGAUGUAGGGGAGAUGAGCUGUUUUAGCGGCUUGUUUGGUACAGUAACUUUUUAAAAACUUGGUCUCAUCAAAGUGUGCUUUUUUUAAACCUUUUUCAAUUUUUUUUUUUCUCUAAAGUUUUGAUACAAGCUAAUAUUUGACUCCUUCCCUGUAGACUUAGCAGUAUGUUCUCCUGUUGGUAACUAAAGUAUUUCCCAGUCAAAAGAAAAACACCUUGGUUCUCUACUGUCAGGUCACUUCCUAAGCUUGCAGGUCUGGUUGGUAACAGUCCAGUGCACCAGUUUUGCACAGUAACAGGUUUUUGCUUGAAUAACUUCAAGCUGUUCUCUUGGCAUGACUGCAUUUACUAGCAGCUGAUGAUCCACUCAUUCUUAGGGCACUAGGAACUAAAUGCACUGUGUGAACAAUGUUUAGGGUGGGAGGAAAGAGUUGUUGACACUUUGCCUUGCUUCCUGCUGGGCAGUCUGUGCAGUGACUAGCUCUAAAGGGAUUUUUUUUCUUUUUUUUUUUUUUUUUUUUUUUUUUUUUUUUUUUUUUUUGCCUGUAACUUACCUUGGCCUAUAACCUACCUCUAGGUUUGGUGUCAUCUAUGUCGUAGCUUCUUACAAAACAAAUGCUCCUCAGGCAUAAGGAGGACAUUGGGAGGUACUGUUGGUACAGUGCAGUAUUUAUGACCUUUCUUUAAAAUGCUUAAUGUGAAGCCGUUUUCUCAGAGGCUCUUUCAAGGUUCUUGAUGUAAUGUGCAUUACAGUAUAGUUAGACAUCAUUGUAAACUCUGUCAAGGGCAGCUGUGGCUUACAAAAGCCACUUUGGUUUUUUUUCCUCUACAUCUGUCACUAAACUAUGGCUUAAUUGGAACAUAUCAGCUUUUGGUGUAGGCUCAUAUGCUAGAGAACUGUAAUAGUACAAGCAAACAGUCCAUGAGUUCUGGAGACUUCAUGAACCCAGGGAAGUAGAGCUGUAGUGGUUUGGCAGCUGAACUCCUCGGUUCAUUUUCUAGGCUUCGUUCAGUUUUUCCUGUUAUAUUUUAUAUACUACGUGGAUCUUACUACAAAAUAAAAUAACAGUACAAAAGAGGAAAUGCUCCCUCCUGUGUGUUGUCUGCUCCUCCCACCAGCACUGGCUGAGGAAAGCAGGUGGAUGCAGCAGCUGUUUGAGACAGCACUGCAUUCUUGGUGACAGUGACCAAGACGCCGGGCUAGGGAGGGUCCUGUUGAAGCUCUAGGAUUUCACACUCCCUAUACUCACUCCUAUUUUCUCUGUGCUGUUGAAAGAAUCUCUUGUUUGUUGUAUGGCUGAUCAGCUGCAGGUGAUUUGUUGUGUUUAUAAGGAGGAAAUGUCUCCACAAAUGUGUGCUCAGGCACAUGGAAUUGCCUUCUGCUAUUUCUGUGAGCCCAGGGAGCAAAGGAAGGACACUGGUAUUUGCAGUGUUCCUCCGUUUGCUUAAGAGGCACAAGUGAAGAACCCUUUCAAGUAGCAACUGUACAGAAUUGAUAUAUGGGACAUCCCCUUCCUAAAUAUUAAUCAGAUACUGAAAAUUCCUGCUUGUUCAUUCUGAUGUAGGAGGUAUGUCAAAAGUAAUUUUGUGAGAGACUAAAAGUAAGCCUUGGAAACAAUGAUUCCCUCAGUUUAUAUAGCUGAACUUUCUGAUUCCUACAAAAUACUGAUUUAGUUUUUGCUCUUGAAUUUACAUGUUAAACCCUCACAUUUUUCCUGUGUUGACAACCAGUAAACCAACUAACUAUGCUAGCUUAUGUAGUUAUAUUAUCUCCAGUUUUUUUCACUGUCUCUGGAAACAGUCAACCACUUAUGAUUUGCUGCUGGAAAUACUACAGCUUAUCAAUCAUUAAACUGAUUUUAAUUAAAAGUAGCCCAUAAAGGCUGUUGUGGGAAAAGCUCUUUUUCUUUUGUAUUUAUUCAUGGUAUAAGACAAACAGUGUUUGUACAUGCUGAUGGAAAUGCAAGGUUACUAAAAAUAGCUUUGGGGAGCGUUGGUAAAUAAAAACUCCCCUUAUAAAGGUGAACGCUAAGUUCUUUGCUUGGCUCGAAGCAUGGUAACCACCGUACUUCUGAAGCCCUUGUGCUUACUUGCUCUGUACUUAACUCUGCUGAUGUAUUAAAAAUACUGGUAAUGCUACUGACAUGCCAAAUAACUUAGCAGUGAUUGGAAAGUUAGGGAGAUGGAACAGAAAGGAAAUGGAAAUGUCUCCUGGAUUGUAUGUGAGGAAGUCAAAGCUCAACCAGUGAAAAUCAAAGAAUCAGCAAAUGUGUGAGACAGCAAACACUGACCUUCCUGCCCUGGCUGCUGGUGCAUUUGUGUAGUUCCCUAGUUUAUGGCUGGGAAACCUGGGUCUGGCUGGCCUCUCUGAGACAGGAGAGCAGUCUGUAAAAACCUGCAAUUGUUUCACGAUCUUCUCUAUGAAAGAAAUACUUGUGUGUGAUGGAUGCCGGGGGUUACAGCGCAGGCAGUGGAGCUGGGUGCAUGGAUUUCCCAUGCAGAGCUGGAGAACAAAGUGAAUUUACAGCUGGGAAUGUUUGUAGGGUGGAAAGAGUUAAUAUAAAAGGGAUGUUUAAUGCACAAUACAGACCUUGGAUUUUUUAUUUUUAGCUUUUGUUAUAUAGCAAUACUUGAAGAGUGCACAAGAAAUGAUAAGGAUGAAUUUAGAACUGCUGUGGAAAUAUGUUGAUAACUUGCUCAUAUUUGUCAACUUUCCAUGGGAACUAGGAGUUGCUAUGAGCUCCCUUCUGCCAAGAUCUUCACAAAUAAUGUUUUGGAUUUGGUGUGUAGAAAAUGAGCCCUGGAGGCCCUACAGCUGAUUUAAUUAGUGAGCAGUAGGUUGAUUAACCAGUGUACUUGUUAGCAGGAAGGAACUGAGGAAACCAUAAGAGCACAGUAAGGCUGGACUAUACAUGAGAAGAAUUCAUGCCCUUACUGAGGAAGGUCUAGGAGGAAUCCUCCUGAGGUUCCUUGGAGUCAGAACCCAUGGAGCUCUGGGCAGUAGGAAUUUGCAGAGGGCUGAGCAAAGUGUCCCUUAGCUGAAGUUGAGUGAGUGAAUUCUUCCAUUAGGACUGAAGAUCAGUCUGCUCAUAUUAUUCAAAGGCAGUAGUAGUUUGUUCAACAAAGUGAGUAGUCUUUAUUCUGAGGAUCCAGAUUUCACUAAUUAAAUGAUCCCUGUUUUGUACUUGAGCAAAUGAAGUGGUGCAGAAGAGAAGCAUAUCAGAACAGCAGCCAUAGCAGCUUCACAGAAGUGACAGCACAAGUGCAGGGAAUGGUUAUUUGCCUUUAACUGCUUUCCCAUUUAAUUUUUUUUUUAAUCCCUCCCUUUUAAAGACCAGUUUCCAGACACUGAAGAACUUAAUGGAUUUAUCCGGAAACAUGAGGGCUGCAGUAUCAAUCAAGGAUUUGGGGAGCAAGAGAAGACACUAUUUCUAAAAUUGGUAGUCUUGAUUCUGUCUAAUGCAACUUAGCUGAUAAAGAAGAGCCAGUGCUGUGAGACCAGCUCUCUACAGACAUUGGGAAGUGUGGCGCAAACAACAUUUUGAGAACAGCAGAUCUCAUUUUGAGGCCGUGUGCGAAGCUGGAAAUUUCCAAGCAAUGCAAAUUAUUGCCUGACAUAGAUGUUGUGGUAUUGUCUGAGAAACAGGACUGCUGAAUUUGACUGCCAUCACAGUGUGCUGAUACUUUCAAUGUGCUCAGGUCCUCAUGUUCAUUAUGGUUCAGGAUGGCCAGUAUUUGUUGGAAAAGAAAAAAGGAAAGUAGUAACUACUCAGAGCAAGAAUUCACUUGCAUUGAAUAAAUAUGGUGAGCAAUUCUUUUUAUUAGUUUCUCUCUUGAGACAUUAAUCUGCAUUAAAAUUUGUAUGAGAUCUGCCUUGGUUUGAUUUUUCCCUUUUAUCUGAACACUUAGAUAAGCCAAGAUAAGAGAGAGGUGGUUAAAUACUUGUCCUCAAUUACUCAUGCCCUCAUAAUCAGCCCCAUGAAAAAUUACUGCAGGAGGAAUUACAUGCAUUGUUCUACUUGCACAAUAAAAACAAGCUUUAACAGUUGUUCCUACCAUAUUUAAGUAAUCCUGUUAAAGCAGAAACAUUUGCAAGUUUUAUACUUGGAACGUCUCUCUGAUUUGAUAAAAGCAAAAUAAGACAGAUGUCAAAGAUGCCAAAGAGCAUUUUUCUUUUCACCCCUUCUUUUCUCUCCCCCAGAAGUGCAGCUUCUUGAUGUAGGUGCUGUUAUUUACUGUGCCCUAUUUAGUUCUGUAUCAUAGUCUAAAUUGUUUGCAAGGGUUCUGGCACUUUGAAAUGGGGUACCAGCCUUUUUUAGCAAACUCAAAGCAUUCAUCUGACUGACUGCUGAGGUACAAACAUGAACAACACAGAGACAUCUCUCACUGAGAUGUUGAGGAAGUAGCUGGUCAGGCCUUCCCAAGUGUCUGACUCACAGCACUCCACAAAAUCUCAAUCAUGUGAUUUAGCAAGGCAUAAAUAAGCCCAAGGUGGUUUUUUAUAGGCUUAAUUACACACAGUGAAGCAAUGUCUUUUUGCUUGAGCAGGGAGUUGCUACACUGCUGUGAAGGCAAACCAGUGCCAGGAGAACAGGAAGGUUCCAGCAGAGCCAUGGAGUUCAUGAGACAAGCAGGAGGAGUGUGUGUGCACUUCCAUGGCACUUGGUGGUGGGGUUUGCCUGUGAUGGUAAGACAGAUUGAUUCCCCGUUUGCCAUCACUGCUGACUCAAUAAAUGAUAUGAUCAAGAAGA